AAUCAGGGGCGGACUGACCAUUUGGAAACUCGGGCACUGCCCGAGGGUCGGGGGUUAGUAGGGGGCCCCAUGAGAUGCCCCUGGUACCUUUUUCAUAGGCUUUUUUGAGUUUGGGCAAGGACACAGGGGUCCCAUGAUCCCCUAUUGCCCGGGGGCCCCAUGAGUUGUCAGUCCACCCCUGUUUCCAAAUGGUCAGUCUGCCCCUGAUCACAACCUAUUGCACAGAGAUGAUGCCAGAGUAAGAAGUCUUUAGUACCUGAGGUGUA